UAAGUCAAUUUAAAAGCAGGCCACUUAGAGAAUAUCCAGGCCAAUUCAAUUAGUCUCUCUAAUAAUCUCAACCUCUCUUUGUCUUACCCUACCUUAAUUAGCUAGCUACUUGUUUCUAUCAAUUCACCCUCCUUUCAUAUUAAUAGCUAGAUAGCAACCAUAUAUUAUUACUUGGUUGCUUUAUACAUAAUCACUCCUCUUUGAUUUCAUUUGUACAUUUCAUUCAUCACUUUCACUUCCAACCAUGACUUGCUCUAAGGAUCAAAAGGUAACAACAAUGGUGUUGAAGGUUGAUCUUGAUUGCUGUCAAUGCUACAGGAAGGUUAAAAAGGUUCUCUGCAAAUUCCCUCAAAUACGAAACCAAAUGUUCGAUGAAAAGAAUAACACGGUGACCAUCACCGUGGUUUGCUGCAGUCCUGAGAAGAUCAGAGACAAACUUUGCUGCAAAGCUGGCAAAUCCAUUAAGAGCAUCGAGAUCAAGCCUCCCCCCAAGCCUACUCCCCCAGUAGUCCAGCCUGACAAACCUAAGCCUGUUCCCGCUCCCGCUCCUGCUCCAGCACCAGAGCCUCCAAAGCAGCCCAAGGCCGCUCCGGCUCCUGCUCCUGCUCCAGCACCUGAGCCUGAUGAGAAGCCUAAGCCUGCUCCCGAUCAGAAGCCGCCACCGAUGCAAAAAAACGGCUCUAAGAAUGGCUCCAAGAAAUCCGACCCAGCACCUGAGGCAGCUCCGAAGGCAGCUCCAAAGGCAGCUUCACCAGCAGAGCAAGCACCUAAGCCUGCGCCUGCAGCUCCAGCACCAGCACCCGCGCCAAAGCAACCGGAGCCACAGGCCCAAUGGGUGCCUGGCUAUCCACCAGCAGGUCCACCACCACAGGCAUUUCCGGUAGCGAUGUGCUGUACUCCUUGCUACGAAGGCAGGCCCGGUGGGCCAUGUUAUGGGCCUGGGCCCGGGUACCCGUACGGUUACUACGGGCGACCAUGCCCACCCCAACCUUACUGCGCUAGUCGCUGCGAUUAUUUCAGCGAGGAAAAUCCUUCAGCAUGUUCUAUCAUGUGACCUGUUUUUCACCGAACCUCUUAAUUCAUUCCCUCUUUAAAACGUUUGCUUAUUGGUACCUCUUUUUUUUUUUCUUUCUGGGAUGGGUUAAUUAAUUGCACAUCUAUAGGUUACUUACAGUUUACAGGCUUAUUUUCAUGUUAAUAUAGAGAUUAUACCAAUUUUAAUGAUAAUAAUAAUAUAAAUAAUAAGGUUGUUUAUUAAUAGAGACUUUGUUUAAGGGGGGUAUUACACGUUUUCUGUGCACUAAAUUAGUGCGCUAAAUUCAAUCAUUCAUCUUUACCUUAAUGAAUCAAUUGCUUCAAGGUGUACGUCCUCAUUUUUUA